AUGGCCUCGGAGUCCCUUGUUCUCACCACCACCACCGAAGAGCAACACAAAGACGUCACAGUGGGGACUAUUACAUGCACUGCACCUAUCCCGUUUGGAGGAGAAGAACAAUGGCUUUACUUACCAGCAACCAAGAAAUUCGACCUAUCUCGGGGUUCGCAGCAGAAAAUGGUCUUCGAGUGCGAUGAAGAAGGCCGCAACCACACCGGCUUCAUGAUUGACCCUGGUAACUCGGUCUUGAUUGUGGUCGACAUGCAAAACUACUUUGUUCACCCACUCUAUCGAGAUCACGCCGCAGGGAUUGCCGCUAUUGAACCGACAUUGAAAGUCAUCGAGAGAUGCCGCAAGGAAGGAAUUCAGAUCGCCUGGCUCAACUGGGGAAUCACUGACCACGACUUGAAGAAGAUGGCACCUGCUAUUCAGCGAGGCUUCAGUAAGAGUCUGGGAUGGCAUGUCGGGCUCGGCGCCCAGCUACCCGAUAAUCAGGGAAGGUGCUUGUUCAAGCGGACUUGGAACGCCGAACUCUACGACCCUUUCAAAGCAGUCGCUCAGCCUGGCGAUUUGUAUUUCGACAAGACGCGAAUGAGUGGACUCUGGUCCGAGAAGGAGCCUCUUCACGAGUACCUCCGUGCUUCUGGAAAGCAAACCCUACUUUUCGCUGGCGUCAACACCGACCAAUGCGUGUUUGGUACCGUGUCUGAUGCCUACUCCUACGGAUGGGACUGUGUCCUGAUCAGCGACUGCACAGGCACAAUGACGGGCCGAGGAGCUCAGGAACUCGCUGAGUACCAGAUUUCGCAAAAUAUGGGCUUUGUCAUCACCAGCAGCGCUUUCUGUGACGCGCAACUUUGUGAACAUUUUGAGGGUUGCUGA